AAAUUCCGUAAAAUAAAAGUAAAAAAUUAAAAAACAGUGUGACCUAAAAAACAUAAAAAGAGCAUGGUCCCUCUGAUAAAUCAGCUGUAUUUCGUAAACAGUGUGAAAAUUCAAAACAACAUCAAAAAAGAAAAAAAUGAGCUCUGACGAUGAAGUGAUUGUGUUGGUGGCGGCAUAUGUUGUUGCAAAACAAAAGGAGCAAGUACAGCGCACACGGAGACGUCACAAAUUUUGGGUGAACCCUUAUUUGCAGCUGAGGAAGGAAAAGGGAAGGUUUCAAAAUGAUUUUCAGAAUAUGGUCCAGAACCCGACAAUGUUUUACCAGAACUUUCGUAUGGACGAACGCCAGUUCAACCAGCUAUUUUCAUUGGUAGAACCCUUUUUAAUACCAAAGCGCAACUCACGCCCAGACGCCAUUCCAUUAAAAGCUAAAUUAGCCAUUGUUCUCGAGUGCUUUGCGACUGGAGACCUACAAUGUCACGUUGGCUCGACCUACCGGAUAAGCAAGCAACACUUGGGCAGAACUAUUGAUCUGGUGUCUCAUGCUAUCUGCACUGCGCUGCACGGAGAGUUUCCAAAGUGGAACUCUAAUAACAUGCUCAAGUGGGCAACAGAUUUUAUGGAACAAUGGAACUUUCCAAACUGCAUUGGUGCUAUCGAUGGAAAGCACGUUGCGAUCAAGGCACCACCCGAAAGCGGCAGUGCUUUUUACAAUUAUAAAGGCUUUCACUCAAUUGUGCUCAUGGCGGUUUGUGACGCUUCAUAUAGGUUCACGUACAUUGACGUUGGUGCUUACGGGAGUGAAGGGGAUAUGAAUGCCUUUUCACAUUGUUCGCUUGGAAAAGCAAUUUUAUCGGGAAAUGUGACAUUUCCGGAGGAUAGCAUGCUGCAGGGAGUACAUACCCCAUACUAUAUUGUUGCGGAUGAUGCAUUCCCGUUGCACAAGCGCAUAAUGAAACCAUAUGGGUCUAGAAACCAAUCCACAGCAGAAAGGAUUUUCAACUACCGGCUGAGUCGAGCUCGUCGUUGCAUUGAGAAUGCAUUCCAGAUUCUCAGUAAUAGGUGGAUGGCUGUUCAAGACACUUUGCGGUGUGGCCCAAACAGAGCGCAAAAUGUAACUGCGGCAUGCUGUUAUCUGCAUAAUUAUAUGAUGCGAGUAGGCCCAACAGAAUAUGGCGCCAUGCCUGAAGGCCUAUUAAUUGAAAGCCCAGCAGACACUGAUGCUGAAGCCUUUCGUGGUCGGCUACAGGAUUACCCCAAAUUUAUUAGAAAUAAUAUAAAGGAUUUCGUCAACUCUGCAGCCGGGUCAAUACCUUGCCAAAAUGAAUCUGCUGGUGUGCGUCAAUAAUAAAGAA